CGAGCACUUGCUGUCAAUUACAAAAUGUCGCGAAUUUUAAAAACAAAUCCUUUGUUUUCUUUUCGAAAAACUUUUAUCUGACACAUAAAUCCCUUAUUUUUUCCAUGGUUUCUAAUAAUCAACCAAAGUAAAUCAUCAGAUGUACAUGUCUAGACAGUUAUGGCAAGCAAAGAACCAAAGAACAUUAAAAGAUUUCCAAAACGACUCCUGUCAAGUUUUCGUAGAGGCAAGAAGGUUCAUCUACAAACAGGCAAAAAUGAACUUCACACUGACUCAGAUGAAAGGGCAGGAUUUACAUCAUAUGACUUAGAGAAUGCUCAAAAUGAAAAUGCUACUAUAGAUUUGGAAGCUACAAUAGUUUUAAACACUCCAAGAAAAAGUAACAGUUCUGGUAGAAGUACUGUUGAUGCAUUAGUAACUCCAAAACGAAAUUUGAGGAAUGUUAUUGCUGAAGAUUCUAAUGAAGUAGCAGAUAACUUUCCUACUCCGCGAGUUGAGAGAUUAGUACUGGGCGGUCCGAUGAGUGCAAGCGCAGACAGUGGUAUAGACUGUAGUAUUCUGUUGUCGGAGAAGAACAGCCCUGAACAGUUUGUUGCAUUCACUAGACGUGAAGCUGAGAGGCUUAGACAGGAACAAUUACACAAUGCAUCUGUUCUAGAAACUCUUACCGAAGCUGACAGAAGCUCAAGUGAAGAUGGUGACAUAGAACAUGUUACCGACAAAACUAAAAAUAUAGACAAUAGGAAUGAUAGCCCAAAUGAUAAUGUGAUGGGUGCUGAGGGAGGCUUUAAUGUAAAAGAGUCAACCAAUGAAGUAUGUGAUCACUCAGACAUUUGUGACACGUUACAGCCACCUAGUGCUUGUAUUGGGACACCUCAGACUGUAGAAGCUGCUGGGCAGAAUUCACAUGUACCAGAAUGUAAUAAUUUAGACAGUGUUGAUGGUGAUUAUGUGUUUCUUACAGAGAAUAUUGAUAACACAGUCUCCCAACUGGUUGAUGUUACAAGUUUUACAUCAGAUAACAGGAACCAUGAACAAGAUCAGUCUGACACUGUAAGAAGUAGUAAAUCUAGUAAUCAAUCUGGGACUGUAACAAGUCUGUGUAAUAGGUUAGAAAAUGAACCAGCACAUUCUACAGAUACAUACAGCCAGACCUUAAAUACAGAUGAAAUAAUAAAUGUUGAUAAUUGCUAUAUGCACUAUUAUGCCAACAGAACUGAUGAAAUAAAGUCAGCGGAGGCCAGAUUGAGACAAGAUCAAUCAGCAGGAGCAGUGUUACAACUAGCUGCUACACAUAAUAUAGUAGAUCCAGUGCCUGUUGUAACAUCAAGUAUAGCAACUCAUCGUGUCUUACAGUCUACUCCUAGUCCAGCCAGGUUAUAUGUCAAUGAAAAUAGUGCAUUUGCAAAAUGCAAGUCAUUGAAAAGAAGUGUUAGCGAUGUUGGAAAAGGUAUUCUAGGGAGGUUAAGACAUCGAAGCAAGGAUGGCAGGGCACCAAAAGAUGAAAGUAUUUGUGUUGAUGAUGAGGCAAAUACUGCAUUGGGUAAAAAGUCUGGAUUUAACAAACUGAAGAAAUUAGGUGUGAAAAUAGAGAAGAGAAAUUCUAGGAUCAGACACAGUAGUGCACAGUCAGCAACGUCCAAGAUAGACACAGACUGUGUCAGUAAUUCUCAAACCAACUUGAAGAAAAAACAGUCUGUGAAGUCACCAGUUGUGAAAGAGAUUUGUGCAGUAGGAGAAAAAAUGAUGGAUGAAUCUAGUAGUAAUUUCAGUAAAACUAAACAAUCACCAGUUUACAAAGAAAUUUUGUCAGACAAUGUUAAGCAAGAACUGGAAGCUAGUUUUCAAAGACAAUGCUCUUCAGCAGUGACAGAAUCCAUCCAGGAUAUGACAAGUAGUAUAAGUCAGAUGACAUCAGCUCUGUGUGCAAGCUCAGCUGAGAGUAUUGCUUGUAUAUGUGAUUGUAAAAACAGAUACUCUGACCCUGAAUGCUGUGAAAAAAGGAAAACACCAUCUCCACUAGAGUCCACAGUGUUUGCAGAACAAAAGAAAACACUUCCACUUGCUGAUGGUGAAUAUUUAGAAAUUACUGAAUGUGAUAUUGAUGCCACAGAAGCAACAUCUAGUGAACAAUUUGAAAGUAAUAUGUGUGAUACUUGUACAAUUUCAACAAAUGAAAAUGAAAUUACUGAAUAUUCUCCACUAGUUAAUAGAAACCAUACUCUGAGGAAUGAAGACAAAUUUUUACCUGAGCCAAAUUCUUCAUUUUGUGAUGAAAACAUUGAAAGCAGUGAUGAAAGUAGUGAUGAAAUAUAUCACAAUUAUUACAGUGAUGACAAUGACAAUAAUUCUAGUGAUGAAUGUUCUGAUUUAGACUGUUCCAAUUGCUGCAAUGCAUCACCAAAUACAGGUAACAGAGACUGUCUCAGCAGUAGUUCAGAUUCUGAAUGUAGUAUAACAGAUUCCUGUGAAAAUCUUUCAGCAAAAUGUAAAGAAAUGGGCUCAUCUAGAUCAUCCUCUCAGAGUUCAAGUUCAUCCUCUGUGAUCUCUAGGUUGUCUGCACAAAAUUCAGAAUCUUUGUCAAGUUCGAGUAGUGGUACAUCUAGUCCGGUGGUAGAAGAUUCCAGUUUCAAUACUGAAAAUUCUUCAUUCUCGGUCAGUUUUAAGGAAAUUGAUUUUGAAAAUGGGGAUGUUAUGUAUGUGGAGAAUAAUGUAAGCAGUGAUUUUGAAGAUGGUUGGAUGAAUGAUUCUGAAGAUAGUAUGAAACUUUCUACAGUCUGUGCUACACCAGCAUCUAGUCCUAGAGUAAGUGAGGAUUUGUCAUUGGAAAUUAGUCCUAAUCCAAUAAACCCUUGUAUAAAUACUGUUUCAAAUUCUAGUCUAAUUAUAAAUUAUCAGAACAAUAUUUCUGUGGACAAGGAGAGGCUUCCACAAGGAUCUGUGGCAAGUCCUCUGUCACUUCAGGGUUGUGUUGUAGUUAGUCCACACAGAAGUGAUCAAAGUGCUUCUUUGACAUCGUCACCACCUCCAAGUGUAGAAUUGAGUCCAACGCCUCUCAAUCUUAGUCAAGAUUCUACAUUUACAAAUGUCAGUUUUGAAGGGAGUUUUGCAGAUGCAAGUUUUUCUGUUCAUGGUCAGUCAGCAAUACCUAGAAACGUAAAGUGUUCUGGAAUUUCAUAUGAUGACAACUAUGAGUGUUCUUUCAUGGAUGAGCAAUUGUCACAAAGCAAUAACUAUUCUUUACACUCAAACUGUAGUUUAUUGGAUAGCUCAGAAACUUUUAAUCGAAGAACUAGUCAAAGUGAACUGAAUAAUUCAAGAUUUAAAUCUAGGUCUGCUAGAAGAUGUUAUAAUGCAAGUCUGAGUGCUUUAGAUGACUCUCGUCUAUUGCAAAGAACAUUACGGAGGAACCAUAAUAAUAAUGUGAGUGGUUUAAAUGAUUCCAGUGUAUUAAAUAACUCACACCUGAAACCAGUUAAGAGUUUGGGUAGUUUGAACAAAGAUUGUAGGAAAAAGUAUGAGCAGAACUUUUAUAGACAGAGUGUUAAUGUAUCUAGUUCUUCAGCAAGACAUAUGAAUGAAAGUUUAGAUAGGAUUGAUACAAGUUCUGCCAGUUUUCACGGAACAUCACCUCUAUCAUCUCCGCUUGACCUCUCGAUAAAUAAAGGAAGAUCUGUAAACCUUGACAGGUCUCUAGGUAGUAAAUCGGACAAACAGUGGGUUGAUAGACAUGUCGGUCAGGUCUUUUCUCCAGCCAAAAGAGUUUUACAUAAGAACAGUGGACUGAGUGAAUCUGACUUGUGUAAGCAGAUUCUAGAUUUGUACGUGAGUGACGCUGAUGAGUCUGGCUUUGAUCUAGCUGGUAAUGAUGCUACUCUUGACAACUCUUCCAUUCAUUGUACAAGUAUUGAUAAUAGUAACAUGUCCACAAGUCUUGAAGGUUUUCAAAGCACAAAUCUUGAUGAUUCCAGCAGCGAAGAUGAGGGACCAGGACUGCAUUAUGGGACAUAUGUUGCACCAAGGAAUGUGGUAAAAGAAACGAAUGUUGAUGAUUUUACAACAACAACAGUGUGGACUUGCUACACUGGGGAGGCAAAAACUAGAAAACUUCAAGGUCGUCCAGGUAGUGUUCACCUAAGAGGCGAAGACAGACACAGAGCAGCUCUGGAUGAACUACACAACAUGUCAAUGGAAAAAACAUCAUCAGAGAAGAGAUCAGUUGAUGGCAGCCCUACUCGGGGUAACAUGGUGAAGGGUGUUGAGCAUGAAGCCCUCAAAGACCAGACUAACACUGCACCCAGAUUGUCUUCUCUUGAAAUGCCACCAAGUUUAGCCAGAGAUAUCCAAGCUGAGGGUGUUGAAAAGGAGAUCAGAGGGAACACCUAUCCAAAAACAAACAUGAAUCAGAAACGUUUUGAUCACCUCACAAUGUUACAUACAGCCCACAAUGGUCAACGAAAAGUUCGAUGUCUCACAAUGGAUGAAUCACAAAAUGUGGUGAAAUAUUAUCCACCGCCUAAAGAAGCAUCAAGGAUCAGCUGGGGCCAGACAAUCAGUGAGAUGGAUUUGUACAGACAUACACCAAGGAAAACCCCUGUUAAAACUAAACCUAUUCUCAACCAGAAGGAGAAUGUAUACCCGUAUGAAGAUGAUACCCCGUCACCUAUUGUACUCACUAAAAUGAGGAAACCCAAGUCACUAGCAAAGAGGUACAAGAACUGGCCAUGGUCUUAGCUUGUGAAUACUGGUACAAAGAAGAAGUUAUGUUUGGCAUUAAAGAUAUAAUAUUUAUUGUUAGGAAAUUAUAUUCAGCAAAUUAUGCUGUUGAAAGUGGGAAUGAGCUUCAGCAAAUUAUGCUGUUGAAAGUGGGAAUGAGCUUCAGCAAAUUAUGCUGUUGAAAGUGGGGAAAUGAGCUUCAGUAAAUUAUGCUGUUGAAAGUGGGGAGAUGAACUUCAGCAAAUUCUUCUGUUGAAAGUGGGGAAUGAGCUUCAGCAAAUUAUGCUGUUGAAAGUGGGGAAUGAGCUUCAGCAAAUUAUGCUGUUGAAAGUGGGGAAUGAGCUUCUGCAAAUUCUUCUGUUGAAAGUGGGGAAUGAGCUUCAGCAAAUUAUGCUGUUGAAAGUGGGGAAUGAGCUUCAGCAAAUUAUGCUGUUGAAAGUGGGGAAAUGAGCUUCAGCAAUUAUGCUGUUGAAAAUGGGGAAAUGAGCUUCAGUAAAUUAUGCUGUUGAAAGUGGGGAAUGAGCUUCAGCAAAAUAACAAUGUUGAAAGUGGGGAAUGAGCUUCAGCAAAAUAACAAUGUUGAAAGCCAGGAUAUAAGUUUUGUUGGAAGUUGGGAGCUUAAGUAAAAUUAUCCUGUCAGAAAGAUUCAGCAAAAAACAUGCCAGAUUCAGC